CCAUUAGCCCGAGGAGGCAGGUGGGGAGCGGGAGGGGUCUGCGCGUCCUCCGAGGUGCCGGGAGCCCCGAGAGCCGCUCGGCCCGGAGGGGGGAGGCCGCCACUCGCCGCGGCGCCGGGAGCUGAGGAGCGGCCAGAAGAACUUGGUGGCUCGCGCUCGUCUGGGGACGUUGGUCCGGGGCCGCGGGGCAGCUGGACGUCGGGCCAUGGGGUGUUUUGAGUGCUGUAUUAAAUGCCUGGGAGGCAUUCCCUAUGCCUCUCUGAUUGCCACCAUCCUGCUCUACGCUGGGGUUGCCCUCUUCUGUGGCUGUGGUCAUGAAGCGCUCUCUGGAACUGUCAACAUCCUGCAAACCUACUUUGAGAUGGCAAGAACUGCUGGAGAUACACUUGACGUCUUUACCAUGAUUGACAUCUUCAAGUACGUGAUCUAUGGCAUUGCAGCUGCGUUCUUUGUGUACGGCAUCCUGCUCAUGGUGGAAGGCUUCUUCACCACCGGCGCCAUCAAAGACCUCUAUGGGGAUUUCAAAAUCACCACUUGCGGCAGAUGUGUGAGCGCCUGGUUCAUUAUGCUGACCUACCUUUUCAUGUUGGCCUGGCUGGGAGUCACGGCCUUCACCUCCCUGCCAGUUUACAUGUACUUCAACCUGUGGACCAUUUGCCGAAACACCACCUUAGUGGAGGGAGCGAACCUCUGCCUGGACCUUCGUCAGUUUGGGAUUGUAACAAUUGGAGAGGAAAAGAAAAUUUGCACCGUCUCUGAGAAUUUCCUGAGGAUGUGCGAAUCCACUGAGCUGAACAUGACCUUCCACCUGUUCAUUGUGGCACUGGCUGGGGCUGGGGCAGCAGUUAUUGCGAUGGUCCACUACCUUAUGGUUCUGUCUGCCAACUGGGCUUACGUGAAAGAUGCCUGUCGGAUGCAGAAAUACGAGGACAUCAAGUCCAAGGAGGAGCAAGAGCUUCAUGACAUCCACUCUACUCGCUCCAAAGAGCGACUCAACGCAUACACAUAAAUAAGCCCUUCCAGUCCUUUCUGCCAUUCAGAUGCAUUGGUGUUUAACUAAGGGCCAUCCAACCAUCCAACCUUUUGAAAAAUAAAAUACAGAAGUGCUUCUCAUCAAUGAUAUGUAGGGUGACUUAUGAAUCACCUGAACACAAUCCUUUGUUGUUGGGCACCUGGUUUCCUAAUUUGUUAAAUUGGUGUGAUCAGAUCUCUUCUACAAGCUCCUAUCCAGCCUUUUCCUUUUUUCAGUUUCUCAAACUCACUUAAUAAUCGCAUAAGAUUGAAGAUACUAACAUUGUCACAUGCAGAGAUGUCUUUGAUUUUUAACCACUCCCCAUGUGUUAAUACAUAACACCUUUUGCAUUAUUUCUUAUGUUUUGAGAAGAAAAAUAGCUUUUUAUACUUUUUAGUUUUGAUUUCGGUAACUAGUUUAACUACAGGUAACCUUCAAAGGGACCACUGUACAUUAUGAACAAUAGACAGAGAUGGUACCAUGAUGACUCUUCUUGUAAUAUGGAAAUCCUGUCUGGAGGUCCGGGACCACGUCACUACAGGCCCUGGUUCAUGUUCUCAUCAAUCUAAGGUGCAAUUUCUAAAUUUGUAAGAGUAGGAUUAAACAAAAAAAAAAAAAGUGCUUCUUAUCUUUGUUAACAUUGUAUUUUUUUCUUGAUGUACUUAAAAGGUAUUUCUCUCUGAUUACUCAUGUUUCUGUUGUGAGCACGGUAGAAACAGUGACGCUAAUGCAUGGCUAGCUGCCUUUUUAAGAUUGUGACACCAGAUUAACCUUUUCAAGUUUAGUAUAGAGACAAUUUUAAUGGAAAUGACUACUGUGAACUAUUGAAGAAUGACCUCUUUGUGAUUUAAGCUGUGGCUGGAUUGGAACUUUUAAUAUGCUAAUGUGGAACAUUAAUUACCUUUAUGAAGGUGGUAUAUUAAAAAUAAGCACACUAACCCCUCGGAAGUUGUCUUACCUACUUUCAAAUGUUUUCACGGAUUGCACCUCUGUAAACUAUCCCUCCGAUGUAUAUGAUAUAUUUGAAAAGGCUUCCAUUAAUAUAAUAGUUUUGCUUGCAGCCUUCCGAUCUAUGUUGGUUUACCUGUAGUGUUUUUUAAAGUGUGGUCAGCGGCCACUAUAGAAUGUAUCCCUCCCGAGUGUAGUGAUAUAUCUGUGUUUUUAUUUGAAGUCAUUUUAACCAAAUGUUCAUUCAUAAUCAUUUAUAAGAAGUACCUAUAUCAAAUGAAUAAAAAAAAAAAAAGCAAUCAGUAUUACUGGACCAAAAUUGGUGUUUGUUUUAACCUUGACUCUUCUUUUGAUUAUUUCUAAUGCUACAAGAAUGCUGUAAAGUGUCUUUUACAAUGAUGUAGCCCUGACAAGACAUUUUUGUCAGUGUAUAAAAAUUAGGUAGUAUUGUGCACUGAUUUGACCAUUGUGAAAUCUUUUCUCAGUGUAAGUGCAUUUCUAAUAAAAUUUAUGAGUGAAACAAUCUUUGUACAAUGACCACUCAUGCAUCAUCCGUAAUUUUACAAGUUCUUGUAGUAGGUAGAGGGGUAUUAUUAGGGUUAUCUGUGGCAUGAUUAUGCAUUCUGUAGUAUAAUUUAAUUAAUUUGGGGUUUUGCUUCUUUUCUUUUUUUUACACGUAGAUUAUCUUACUGGUUCAACAUUUUUUCUGGUAUAGGCAGUAUUACAGAUAUUCAGCAAAAGUAUUAAUGGGCUUCUUUAAAAUUCUAUAUUAUAGUGUUUCAGUUCUGUGUCUUAACAGUUUGUGAUGAUUUUUACAACUGUCUUUUAAACUUAUGUAAUGAUGUUGAUGCUUUUGGCUUUUUUUUUUCCUGGUAUUAGAGUUUGUAUUUUCACAAAGAGUGCUUUGUAGCAGGCAUUACAAUUAAUCUGUUUUGUACAUAAAUGUGCCAACAGCUCGAUGGUGGCGUUUUUGAAAUGUAGAACGAAGUGCUUGCAAAAUGUAAUAAAUACACUUGUGUACUUUGUGUACUUAU